ACUCCCCCUCUCCCCCAGCGCCGCGAUGCUGCUCGCCGGGCUGGCCAGGGCGCUGGCCCUGCUGCUCUGGCCUGGCGCUGCCGCCCGGGGGCGCAGGGUCCUGGGGGCCCGGAGGGGGCCCUGGGGGCUCGUUCCGCACUGGCUGGCGCUGCGGGUGCUGGGCCGGGCCGCGGGCUGCCAGCGCUGGCAACCUGGAGCAGGGGCGUCUGUGGCCGUGCGGCGGAGCCAGGGGCAUCCUCUGCGGCUGCUGGGGCGAGCCGGGGCCGCGGAGCCAGACCCGGGCCUGUUCCGGGAGCGUCGCCCCCUGGCACGGCGCGGCUCCCACGGGGGCGAGGCGCCUGCCCCCGCACAGCCGAGGGGGCCCUGGGCUCUGCUUCGGAGCUGCUGCACCGCGGACUCCCCCCUGCAGGGGCCCGUGUUGUACCUGGACGUCCUCAGCAGAGUCUUCCCGGAGGCCCUGAGCCCGCGGGGCACUGCCCGCUUCUCCUGGGCCCGGGGCUGCUCCCUGCCUGCCGCAGCCUGGCCGCUGCCCACCCUGUACUGCACUCCGGAGGAGAUGGGCACCGUGCCCUCGCGAGCCGCGGCCCUGUACGUGCAACUGGUGUUUGCCGUGCGGGAGCGGGCGCUGCGGGCGCUGGAGGCCGGGCUGGCCUCGGAGCUGUACGAUGCCCUGGGCGUGCUGCGCGCCAGCUGGGAGGGCCUGGCGCAGGACCUGGCCUUGGGGAAGCUGAGUCCCCGGCUGGAGCUUCCUGAGGGGACCCGGCGCCGGCUGAGGCGGCUGGCUCCCGACGCGGCGCGGGCGGCGGAGCUGAGGGCACAGUGUGCCAGGGGCUGGGACGGCAUCGCCCGGCGCCUGUGGCCGCGGCUCCAGGUGGUGGGUGUGGCAGAGCGCGGCGAACAGCUCUACAGGAGGCCCUGCGGGAGUCGGAGUGGCCAGGGCCUCCCCUUCUACUGCCCCUUCUACGGAGCAGCAGGAGGUCUGCUCGGGUUGAACCUGUGGCCGGAGAAGCCCGACUCCCGCUACCUGCUCUGCCCGGGCUCUUUCUGCGAGUUCCUGCCGCAGGGGCCGGGCGUCGAGGCAUCCCCAGAGACCAUGCUGCUGGCAGACAUUGAGGAGGGCCAGGAGUACGAGCUGGUGUUGACAGCCCAGGCUGGAUUGUCCAGGUGCCGCACUGGGGAGGUGCUGAAGGUGGCUGAAUUCCACAACCAGUGCCCCGUGGUGGGGCCCGUGCGCAGGCUGAGCCAGACCCUGAGCGUGCGUGGGGAAGGUGUCCCUGAGGAGCGCUUCUACCGGAGCCUGCGCCAUGCCGUGGCCAUGUGGCCGGGAGCCCGGCUGGUCGAUUACGUCUGUGCAGAGAGCAGCCUUCUGGGUGCCUCCUCCGGGGCCUGCGCCCCCCAUUACCAGGUGUUCGUGGAGCUGCGGGGUGUGCGUGAUCUGUCGGAGGCACAGCGCUAUAAGCUGGAUCAGUGUCUCCAGGAGGAUUUUCCUGUCUACAAAACCUUCCGCCUCAAGGGCAGCAUUGGGCCGGUGCGGCUGCACCUGGUGACAGCCGGGGCCUUCAGGGAGCUGCGGGAUGCUGCGGGCCCCCUGGGCCCCAUGGCAAGAGUCCUGAGGGAGAGGCACCCGCUGCACUUCAUCCAGAGCAGAGUCGUCUCGUGAGGCUGGCCAGCCCUGCGGUGCCAUGGGCCCAGCUUGCCCUCGCUCGGGCUCUGUGCGUGUGUUGCUGCUUGCAGGGGGCAGGGAGGGUCCCUGGUGUAGGGAACCGGGGCUGUGGGGCAGGAAGCUGGGGAAGUCCCGUGGCCAGAGUGGGGGCGGCUCCCAGUUUGGCAGAGGCUGCGUGCAGAGCUCGCCUGGGAGGGAUGGGUGGGGCGGGGGCCAUGACCUCUGUCCCAUAGCCUUUCAUGGUGCUACCGCAGGCGGGGGUGCCCGGUUGGGGCGCUGCACCCUCCGUGGCCUCCCCAUCACGGAGCAUGCUGAAGGGAGCAG